AUGUUUGGUCACGAACUUGUAGAGCAACCUAUUAAGUGGUUACCUCAACAUGCAAAACCUGGCUACAAGAAGGACAUGGAUCGUUCCUCUCAGCUUGGCAAAGCACUCCAUGACUGGAGAAAAGCAGAGUUUUCUCAGCGCUAUCCUGAUCAGCACGACAGUAUUUGGAUAGGGGACUGGAUUGUACUUGGCAACCUGAUCAUUGACGAUAUUAUCUAUCUCGCAAAUUGCAACAAACUUUUGAAUCAACAAGAUUUCAUCCAGCUCGUUGAUUGGGAAGAACGUGGCUACUACACAUCAGAGCUGUUGCCAAUUAUUCACCAGAUUUUCCCACCAGCAGUGCCCCCAUCUGCUCAGCCAUCCACCCCAGUGCAAAGCAAUACUGUGUUUCAGCCUUGCACGAAAAAAUGUGGCAACUGCAAGAAACAUGGCCACAAUGAAUUGUCACCAGAGUGGUCAUACUAG